AUGAGAUUCUUCACAUACAUACUAUUUUCUUUUCUCUUUCUUUCUCAGUACUCAAACGCCUCAAACCUUAUCGUUCGAUCUUGUAGAGAAGCCUCCAAGAAUGACCCGAACUUGAGCUAUAAUUUCUGUGUUACAUCUCUCUAUGAAUCUGCUCGCAAGAACAAAUUACAUCCAAAAAAACUAGAAGACCUUGUGAGCAUGUCAAUUCAACUAACCAAGUCCAAUGGAACAAACAUCAUUUCCAUAAUUUCACAUGACUUGCAAAACCAAACUCAAGGUGAAUAUGUGAAGGCUUGUUUAAAAGAUUGUUUUGAUCUUUACAAUGAUUCCCUUGAAUCAUUAGAUGAUGCUAUGGUUGCUUUGAAUACGUCGAAGGACUUGGACACGGCCAAUAUCAAUUUGAGCGCUGCAUUGGAUGAUUCAGUUACAUGUGAAGAUCAGUUCAAAGAAAGGAAAAGUGAAAAUGAAACUUCUCCAUUAACAGAACAGAAUCAUGUUUACUUUCAACUCAAUGUAAUAUCUCUAUCUUUCAUCCAAAUGAUUCGUAAACGUUACUAG